UCAAGCUCGUCGCUGGUUAAACCCAAAGCCUCUUGUGUACGUAGAAGCCAGGAAGGGUCGAGUGUUUUUCUCCCGUCUAUCGCUACAUAUAGGCAGUGACAUUUGUUUAAACACUCGUGAACGUGUUCGAAGAUCGUCUUUAGUCAGAAAUGGACUCUUCUGGACAGGGCUCUUCAAUGAAUGCAGGUGUAGCAGAUGGAAUGACUCUACCACCAGGCGUGACCGAGGAGGAGGCAGAAGAGAUGCAGAUGGAGCUCAUCAAGGUGGAAGAUGAGAUUGAGACACUGAGGCAGGUUCUGGUGGCGAAGGAGAGACACGCAGCUGAGCUCAAGCACAGACUGGGCAUCAGUCCUCUCUCUGAAAUCAAACAGAACAUCACCAAAGGCUGGCAUGACGUGCAGUGCUCCAAUGCUUAUAUGAGAACCUCACAAACUCUUGGAGAUUUGAAUCGUAGAGUUACUUCAUCUAAUUUAUACCUUACAGCUUCAGCCACACUUGAGGACAUUGGACGUUCUGAUGCCUAUAAGAGGACUCAGGAGACUUUCUCUCAGGCCGGUCAGGUGACAUCAGCUGCGUUCUCCUCUAUGGGCUCCGCCAUCAGAAGCAGAUUUGGAGAGAUGAGGGCUCUGCCAUACUCUAACUCUGGUAGCAACCUUUCCAUGCGUCACUCUUUAAGUAUGCCAGCGAUGAGGAACUCACCAAGCUUUAAGUCUUUUGAGGACAAGGUGGAGAACAUGAAGUACAAAGUAAUGGGCCGAGCAAACGGGGAAAACGACCAUUCACCAACCAGCAACAACGCACCUAUGUGAGCAAGAACUGACCUCUGUGAUCCACUAUAACGCUCUACCCAAAUACACUCCUUCACUGCAAACGAAUGUACAGAUGCUUUAAUCAGCGAAGAUGCCACCGUGAUCACUGUAACGUCUGAAGACCGUCACCCUCGUGAAUGCAUUUUAGCCAAACAAAACAUCUCCAAUGAGCAUGGUGGAAACCCCUUUUUGGGUCUAUUCGGUUCUCUUCUAUGCAUUAAAAACUACCUUUAAAUGUAUUCUGCUGUUUUAUUUAGUCAAACAACAGGGCUUCUUUGACACUUUACAAUGGUCUGUUACGAUCAGCAUGAAUAUGUUUGCAUUGUUCACGCUGAGAAUGUCAGUGAAAGCAUCUUCGACCUGCUGUAAUGAUGCUGUUUGUUGUUGUUACAUGCUUCCCACUUUGACUAUUGCACUUGUUCUUACCCUGCUUGUUACUCAGGGCAAAAGGUGCUAAAGCUUUCCUCUAUCGUGACUAGUCCCGAGCACCGUCUCUGAAGCUAUGUGCUCAAUUAUUCACAUUAUUUUAUUGUCUUGUCUUUUUUGAACUGUUACUUUUUAAAAAAAUGCUACAACUGUUCAUAAAAGAUGUUGAAAGAUUCAGACUACGCUCACCUGCCCGGUUUGUUCUCACUCAUUUUUGAGUUUAAUAGUUUUUGUUUUGGCCACAAAGAAAAUCAAUUUAUUUUGUUAAAUGUUUUGCAGUAAAUAAGAUCAGUUUUUCUUCUUGGUUGCCUGUAUUUUAGAUUGCUGUCUCAUGUAGAUUUAGCAGCCCCCCCGGCUCAUUAAUCAUUACUGUAACUGUGAUCAUGAAGGUGUUUGAAUAUGGGCUUUGAAAAAUUAAUUGAGAAUCAAAUACCAGGCUAACAUUUACUGGUGAGAUGAUUAAAUGUAAUGAUUCUAAUCUUUAAUCCUAAUAUUGUAUUGGGCAACAAGGUCGAGUUCACUGUGAGGUGAUGGAAAACCCAUUGUUAUUGAUUUUUGUUUUUUGUUUGUUUAUUUGUGCUGAUGGGAAGUUUGUGCCAUGAUCUGUACAUGAAUGUUACCAAUCUGACCUACUUACUGUAUUCAUGUUGGAUGCUUUUGGCUGUAAUGUACUACACUGUUCAGGGUUUAAUAAAGACCGAAAAGUCAACAGGAACACA